CCCCUCUUCCCGUGUGAAAUAACUCUCACUCGCCUCGCCCUCGCCUGUCCUGUUUCUCCUACGACUUCUCUCACUUGAACCACUGUAUACGAUAGGCGGCCGCCAUGGAGAAACCGCCUGCGGUGGUUAUCAUCGCUCGGCAUGGUGCUCGAUUGGACGCCGUCGAUAAACAGUGGCAUUUGACCUCUGCAACCCCCUACGAUCCCCCCCUCACGUAUGGAGGCUGGAACCAGUCUCGUGCUCUGGGGGCGCGCAUCAUCAGUCUGUUGCGUGCCCGGGAAGCAUCAAACCCCAAUACUCCAUCGCAUGAUGUCGGCAAGAAAGAUGCGGGGCGCGAAGCUCUGCUGGUGCCUACAAAUCGCCCCCCCCGCAAGCACAAAGUGAUCAUCCAUACCUCUCCCUACCUUCGCUGUCUCCAGACUGCGAUCGCCGUUAGUGCUGGCAUCAGCCAACAUUAUGGCGCUCCGGAAACCGCCCCGCAGAUGCUUCGUUCGAGCUCGCUACCGGUCAAUGCAUCUGUUGCCGGUGCUCCCCCCGUCACACAGGGAAUUCCGGAGGAUGGGCCACUCGAUGUGGGCGGCUCCUCUCCCCUUAGCCCGGACAACUUGAGCCCCGUAACUGCCCCGGGGGGAGCGAGGCCAACCCCGAGUGGCCAUCGCUGCCUUUUACGGGUUGAUGCUUUCCUAGGCGAGUGGCUGUCACCUGAUUACUUUGACCAGAUCACCCCACCACCCAACUCCGAAAGGAUGGUGGCCGCGGCCAAGGAGGAGUUACUCCGCCACGAAGGGGAGAUGGCGAGACCUACGGAGGGCCCCGACCGGCCUCUUCCCGGAUACUUCCCGGGGGGCUGGGGUAGUCGGGCAAGCCCCAUGCCCACGGUCUUCGAUGAAGAGGCGCUGGAAGUAGAGCCCAUUUCUUCUUCCACUGCUGCGACUACUACUACUACUAGCUUGGGGAGCAAAGGGCAGAGAACCCGCGCCGGCAGUCACGAUACUCACCUUAGCCCCGUGAACAAUCCACGAGCGAAGGGGUUCCUGAGUAAAAUCAACACUGAGCUGAACGUGAUCACAGAUGGCGCAUAUGUGCCGCCCACUCCCACCUAUGCCGUCUCGUCGUCACACCCCAUCCCCGCGGGAUAUGUCACUCACGCGCGAGAGUCAUGUGUCGAUAUCGACUAUCGCUGGGACAGCAUGCGCGAACCUCAGAACUGGGGAGAUGGCGGCCAGCAUGGAGAAGAGUGGAGCACCAUGCACAUGCGCCUCCGUAGCGGGCUGCAGAACAUGAUCGAUUGGUAUAGCCGGACCGACGAUGCCAAAUCCUCGCAGGACGAGGAGGACGAUUCCACCGAUACAGUUCUGAUCAUCAUCACUCAUGGCGCUGGAUGUAAUGCGUUGAUCGGAGCUUUGACAGGCCAUCCCGUUCUCCUCGACAUUGGAAUGGCUUCGCUCACCAUGGCCGUGAGGAGAGAUUCCUCUGAACCCUCGGGCUCAGACACGCUGUCUGACCACCACCACCGCCAACAUCCACACCAAGAACACCACGUCCACCUCAAUAACCACAAUAACCAUAACCACCAUCACCACCACCACCUCAACAACAACAACAACAACAACAACAAUGAUCAUCAGCAACAUCGGCCCUUGCGUCAUCAGAGAAAAGGUUCUAUUCACCUGUCGAUUUCUCAUGACUACGAUUUAAAACUGGUAGCCUCCAGUGAUCACCUGCGAGCUGGAGGAAACCCAGCCCAGCUGCCAUCGAUGGCAGCCUCGCAGUCUUCUGGUUCCUACUCCUCAUCACCCAUUUCGUCGUAUCGUCAUCGUCUCGCAGCUCGAUCAACAUUGUCACAGGACCAUUUCAUGAUCGGUCCAUCUAUCCCUCAUGCUCCUAGUGGUCGCAGUUGGUCGCUCGCCAUGCGACCAUCAACCGCCCCUCGCGGGGCGUCUGGUCUUUGGGGCUCCAUCUCUGCCAGCAGUGAAACAGUGAUAGACCCUGCGGAUGACAUUGUGCCAAACUUUGGCGACCGACCAAAAUCAUCUGGCAACCUCGCGGAGCCGGACCACGGAGUGGAUCCUGUCGAUAGCGACCCGGUUGACGAUUCCUCCUGGGGGCAGCAAUUGCCUCAUCGGACCCUGUCGCAGCGAGGACUCUGGGGCAGCGCCCCCACGCUGCAGGAGCGUGAUGGCUCGAUGAAACGACGAUGGACAGUGACUGAGCGUCGCCCAUUGUGAGCGGGCGGGCCACUCCCUGGCCACUCCCUACUUGUCAUUGACGAUCCCGAGAUUUUCAUCCACACCUC